AUGCUUGUCUACCUUGGCCUAGCCGUGGUGGCGGCCAUGGCGGGUUUGCUUAUCUUGUUGAACUUGAUUCCCCAUGUCACGGUGCGUUCGUAUGGCUGGUUGUCGCUUCGAGGGAUAUCCAUCGAGGUGAACAAUACUACUGUCCAUGUUGAAAAAGUAUCGCUUUGGCUAAACAUAUGGCGGUCUCAGCUUGAACCGUACCGUAUGAUCCAUGUGGGGCUUUUUAAUGUUUCCGUGCACCAGCGUGAAGACCCCAAUGGUGAAGAUCAGGACAAGGACUCGCUGCCGCCUUCGAUCCCUGAAAACUUGGUGUUUAGGAUCCCCAGCUGGGCCUAUAACUGGUUGCUUAAGAGCCAGUGGAUGAACCAGUUUGAUAUCCAUGUCUUCCGUUGCUCCUUGCACCAUGACGCUGUGAGUGCAGACUUGUCUGCCCACUUUGACUAUAUCCGUGUUCACAAUCGGUAUGACGAUAAGACAAGCGACUAUAGGUUCAGUUUGUCGAUUAUGGACGGGUACUUGUUGAACCUGCGCUCGAAAUUGUCGCCAAACGAGAAUCUGAUCAAGAUUUUCAAGAACGUCGUGGUGGCUGUUGGCUCUUCCUUCAUCUUUUCAUGCUGUUCUAAGGAAAGAGGCAAGAUGAUUGUGGAACUCAGCGAUUUCUUCUUGCUGGUUUCCAUUUCCAACCCUUACGUCACCCCAAUCACUGGUCUUACACCUGCCAAACCUAAAAAACAGCCAAAACAGACUUACGAUACCUCUGAUAGUAUCCCCAUGUUGAACCAGUUCGUUAAAGCGUUUGCUAUUGCAUCUUCAGUGGAGCUUCGUGUGGAAAACCUAAAAGCUGAGUACGAAAACAUCACCGUGGACGUCUCCAGUAUGCUUGUUUCCCUCAGAAGAGAAAAGUCAUACAAACUCAACACCAUGGCCGAGGCCUCCACCUACGUCAACUCCCUUCGACUCUACAGUUCCGAAACCAAGUGUGUUGAUAUUCCUUCCCUCACCUAUUUAUUCGAAUGUGACAUGUCUGACUUGUUUAGAGCUUACGAGGAGGGCAACACGGCUAAUUUCCACGUCGACAUCAACACCAGUCUCGAUCUUACCCAUCCUUCCUUUGACAUUUACUUUGACCAGAUCGAGGACCUCAUGGCCAUGCUUAAACUGUCCAGUUCGAAGUCUAAACAUACAGCGGAGCAGGAACAGAAACCUUUCUUGGCUGUGCCAUUGAGUAAAUACCUCCGAAAGAUGAGGAAGACAUCGGUUAAACUCGGUAUUUCAGACACAAGAGUCAGUCUUCACCUUCCAGCCAUGAACCUGACGGAGUUUGUUCGUUCCUCUGUGAAUAAUGUCACUGCCACUGCAAACAUAUCGUACUUUUUGACCAAGUACUCUUCUAAAGAGCUUGGAAAGAUUCUUAUGCUCAACCUUCGUCCUGAAGACCCACCAUCCUCGCUUAAAGCAUUUGCAAAGUUGAAAAACUUGGUGGUUGACAUUGAAGAGAACCAGCUCAUUGCUACGAAAUUGAACGUCAUGGCUGCUUACUGUCUUAAUACUCAUAGAGUCAAAAUUAAGGUGUUCAGUAAGAGAUUAGUCACAAGAUCUGUCAAUGAUAUGAUUUUUUACGUUGUUCGUCGUUUGAGAGAUAGUCAUAUCAAGCACUAUAACGAUAUGUUACAAGAUAUGAUGGAAUCUGAGACAACUACCGACCCUGAUGCCUCCGAGCACGAAUGUGAGGACGAGCCUGAGGUGGAAUACGUUGAUUUCGUUGAUUUACUUCCAGAAUGUAUUACACUGGCUUCGUUCCGUGCUACUGAAUUGCACGGCACCAUUAUCUGCAAAGAUGGUCUUCCCUCUCAUAAGGUUGAAGGCGACGAACCUGAUCAGGAACUAGAUAUGGCCGAUUUCAGAAGAGGUGUUUCUGUUGUUAUCACCGGCUACUACUUGGAUUUCGAUAGAAGCGAUCAGGAUUUCUACUCUGGAGCAAAAAAGACCGAAGUGUUUGUCUUGAGUGAAUAUGCCGCUAAAGUGUUGCACACUAAUAUUUCAGAUGAACAGAAUGACCUGGGCAACGAGGUUGAGUUCAGCGAUUUACUGAGUAUUGAAUCUUUCGGUGACGACAGACUUGGAGGCGAAGACUUUUCUCCAAAGCAGCGCCAGGUUUUGGAUAUCAAGAACAUCAAGGUCAGGACCGAACCAGAAACUACAGAUAAGUUGAUCUUGACGAUCCCAGAAGCUGAUGGAAAAGCCGAUAUGUUUCUCAUUUGGUGUAUUUUCUAUGCAAAGAGCUUGCUCAAACAGUUUCAACCCACAGUCAAGGUCGAAUACACCAAAGAUGAUCUUAGGCGUCUUAAAGGUACCCAGAAGAGAAUCAAGCUUGAUGUUCAUGUGGAGUCGGCUGCUAUCAAGGUCCUGCUUCCUAACGAUACCGACACUUUGCUUGAAAUUGAGACUCUUGCCGUCACUGAUGCUUCCAACAGCCCUUCGUUUGAUCUUAAAAACUUGAGACUUUACGUUGUCCAUCCAGCAACCGAAGCCUGGAGCAGAUUGGUUUCCAUCCACAGAACGCAGUCCUCUUUAGGUGAGCUUCUCCAGGAAACUUGUUCUGUGAAGUCUGCAAGCAUUAAGAUAUAUGUUCCAUUCAGGUACUUGCUUUACAAGGUCAUCGAUAAUGUCAUCACCAUGGUCAAGGCCACUAAGCAGAUCAAGUUUAACUUCGAUAAGUUAAGUAACGGUGACCAUGACUUCGAAAGAAUCAUGCCAGAAGCAAAGCCUGCUAUCUUGUUCCCUAAGAUCAGAUGGUAUGCUGACAAAUUCAACCUUUCACUUGAAGAAGACAUCUUUGAGACUGAACUCGGUCUUAUUUACCAGUUAGGACGUGUGGAGCGUGUCUUGAGAGAAAAGAAAUGGUUGAAAUUCGAAGAAGAAGCCAAGAAGAUCAGAGAGAAGGUUCAUUCUUCUUCAGUUGAGCUCGACGAGGAUGCAGUUCUUGACAAGAGUCGUUUCAUCAGAGAUAGCAAGGGAAACAAACACCCGCCACGUCAUUUCAAGAGUCAUUUUGCCAGUACUUUACGCCAUGGGUUCAAGCAUCUGGAUAAGAACAGCCGAACCAAUUCUGACUACCUGAAGACAGAAACUGCUGACAAUAGUGAAAGUGGUGAUACUGAGUUCUCAAAAGAAGAGGCCGAGGCCCAGAUCGAAGAGGCAAGACAGAAAGUCAUGGAGGAGAUUUCAGCUUCUUGGAUCACCAACUUCAACAGAAUCAAGCGUGCUAAGUAUGCCAAGGCCAGACGUAUCAAGACGAAGGUGGCCGGCUACGACCGUAUCAAUCCAAUGAUGGGUAAGAAGUAUAACAUCCAGAAGCUGGCUCCUGGAUCUCCAAUUAUGUCGGUCGCUUUCACCAACUUUGACUUGACGCUUAACAAGGCUGAUAUUGACGACGUCGAUGAGUUCUUGAGGGUCUACGGUAAAGGCCAGCCUAAGCUUGACUACUCCAUUCUUGUUCCGUUGUACAUUCGUCUCAAGGCAGCUUCUUUCCACGUUUCGCUUAAGGAUUACCCAUUGCCUAUGAUUAAUUUCCCACCUAGCGAGAAACCAGGUGCUACUAUUAUGGACUUGCUGGGUAAUCUUGUGAUCAACGAGAAGUUAGUACACCGCAAGGAAGAGAUGAGACACAUUUAUGUCCCAUUCACUGCUGCUACGCUCAAGGAGAAGUCCGUGGAGAACUUCUACUCGGUGCAUGUUCCACGUACGCUUACUCCAGUGAAGGCCAUGUUUGAUAUUUCUUGUUCUGUUGAUACCGAAAGAGCUUGUAUCAUCAACUGGUCUAAAUCGUACCUGGCGGCCAUUCUGAGUGCAGCUGGCGCUCUCGAUAACUUUACGAAGCCACAGAUUGAUGAUUCCCCAAUUGGCUUUUGGGAUAAGUUAGCUCUUAUCAUGCACGGAAAGCUUCGUUUCGAUAUCCCCAACGAAUUGUGCCUUCAAAUCAAGAGUUCUUCUGAUCCAUAUGGUGUCAUUGGUAAAAGUGCAGGUUACAUGUGGUCUUGGAAGCAUGGCGUUGAGCUUAUGUUCAAUUACACGGGAGACCAAAAGGAGUUCAUUAUACUUGAUUCUUAUGAUUUCGUAUUUGGUGUUCCUGAUUGCUCUUAUGCUCAUGGCUUGGCCUGGGGAUCUGGAGACGAAAUGGAGGAGCAGAACGAAGAUCUCGAUGACAACACAACUUUCCAGAAGAAGGUGAUGAAGUUCUCUUCCGACGAGAAGGUCAGAUGGACACUUGGUGUGCUUUUUGAAAGAAACGAAGACCCCAAGUGUCGUGAAGUGAGCGCUGACCAUAAGAGAACCGACGAAUUCAGACCCCAUUACGAUGUCUUCGUCACUAGUCCUGAUUUCGAUUGGCAUCCAGAUUCUUAUGAAGGUUUCAGAUCUGACUACUUGCACUUGGCUUUAGGUGUGAAGUCGGUGUCGAAGAAGGGCAACAGUCAUAAUACCGCUUACUUGACUCCUGUGGCUUUUGCAUACUUCUUCUAUUGGUUCCUGUCCAUGUCGGACGUUGUUUCCAUGCCUGUUCGUCAAGGUAAGCUAUUCAACCAAACGGCUCCCGAGACCUCUGUCAAAAUGAGUCUUCAUUUGGUGACAUUCAAGUACCAGCUUAUUUUGGAACCUCUUACCGUCAGUCACAUGUACACCACUUAUGAAAAUCUGGAGGACGGUCCUCGUGUUGUUGUCACUGGACUCAAGGGUAAGAGUGACAAGUGCCAUAUUGAUUUGCAUUCGAGAAAGGAAGUCGUCAGGUAUGUUAACGAGAAGUUGGGCAUUGACAAGAAGGUGCAUACCAUGAAGCUCCAUCUAGGAGAAGUCACCGUCACCAAUGCCGAUAUCAGAGCUAUAAAGGCCACUUUCAAGGACCCUUCAGUCCGUGGUCAUAUCAUUGCAUACUACACGAACCAGUUGGAGGAGCCCUUGGAUGUUGAAAAGUACCACGAAGAGCUUGCCAAGAGAAUGCGUACACUUAGGUCUUCCAGCUGGACUCGUACCAUUCAAUGUGAUCCAGAAGACUUUGGUUGGCUUGAUCAAGAUGACUUUGUGGAGCUCGAGUCAAGAGAAGAACUUUCUCCGGAUCCUACUAUUGUUGUUGUUCCUUUCUUCCAUACUCCAAGGUUCACCUAUUUCAGAGAAUUCACUUUGGAAAGAGAGCCACACAAGUAUCCAUUUGGCCACGAACCUUCCCAUACAUGUUACAUUGGCGGUGAGAGCCCUGAUAAGGUUCAGGCCGACUUGUUGAAGCAAAGAGCUUCUGUUUUGAAGAAUGAGAUCAAGGGCCAUCAAGAAGAACUUAAGAAAAUGCAGAAGGCUGGUGAGACCAAUCCAGUCGACAGAGAGCGUCUUGAGAAGGAGAUUGCUGAAGGUGAACAUAGAAUGGUUGUUGUUCACGAUAUCUUCCAGGACUGUGCUGAUUCAGCUGGCGACGAUUUGUUUGAUCAAGAGAAAGAAGAGCUUGGAGAAGAAGCCGAGGAGAAAGAAGAGGACAGAAAUGAAGAGAACGAGGAGGCCGAAGAUGAUGUGGAGGAAUUUCCAGGGAAAGAAGAAGAAGAAGAGAGGAAUGGUGAAGCCGAGCCAGAAGAUUUCUUUGUUGAUCCUAGCGAGAUGUUAAGACGGAAGUCCAACACCCAAUCCUUAUACUCAGGCUUCAAGUCCAUGGACCAAGCUCAAGAGAUCACUGCCGAGGAUUCCGAACUCAGUCAGUUCCACAACCGUUUCUUGUUCCACAAUGUUCGUUUGAAAUGGAACAACAAGGUCAGAAACCUCGUUACUGGAUACAUGUUUUUGAUUGGAGCCAGACGUACCGAGACUCUCAUGAUGUCGAAGAAGGCAGUUGACCUUAUUGAAAACAUUGCUGAACAAAACCGUGAAAAGGACAACGAGUCCAAGAAGUCUGUCAAUCCUGAAGAUGAAGCGUUCAAGCUGACAUUCCAGAACUCGGGAGAUGUUAUUCAAGACUUUGAAGAGUACCUUAAUGAAUUGUCUUCAGACCAACACGAAAUGGAAUACAAGUUUCUCAUUAAGUUCAUUCGUCCUCAGAUCCAGCUUGAAAGUGAAAUUGAUCCAAAUUCUUCUAUGGCCGUGACAUCGCAAGACAUUGAAAUGCGUAUUCUUUCUGAAAACAUUGCUGGUACAGACGAUGUCAUGAAGGAUAGUAAUUCAGAUGAAGUGAACGCUGUUGAGUCUCGUCACGGUGUGCUUUUCAGAGAUAUGCAAGCUUUCGUUUUCCAUAAAGAUAACUUCACUGAAGAGUACGACAGUCCUUAUGGAGACUUAUCCAAGAAGAAGGCAUGGCCCCCAUGGGUGGACUACGAAGCAUGUAUGAACUCUACAUGGCUUAAGGAUGAUCUUGUGGUUGAAAGGACAUCUAUGGCGUUGAUUGUCAAGAAGCCUAACUUCUUGUCGAUGGAGUACAAUACGAAUUUGCAUGCGGACGAGCUUACCGUCCACUUGGCUAAGGUUGUGGUCAACGCUACUUCUGAACAGUACUCGUCUGUGUACUACAUUUUGCUCAACCUUCUUUUGGAUAGCAAGUCUGCUAAGGAACAGCUUCACCAGAGACUUGACCAGAUUAUUGAGCUUUCUGGUUUGGAAGAAACUGAUGGUUUGGCUGACAGAGUGAAGCUUCUUCAAAACAAUAUCCACGUGUGUCAGACGAUUCUUCUUUCUUUGACCGAUCACAAGCUAAGCAAGGAGGAGGUGAAGGGUAAGGCUCAUGUUGAAAUGGAGAUGGAUAAGAUGUUUGUUCAGCUUGCCAUUAUCACCCAUUCGCUUAGGUCUGCAUCAUCUCAGAAUAAGGGUAAUGGCGGUGUUGGAAAGUACUGGAACAUCUAUGCUGACCAGGUUAUCUGGCAUCUUUUCGAGAAACCUAAUAAACCAUUGGUUGAUUUCGCUCUUGCUCCUUCCAAGUUCCAGCGUGUGGAUAUGGUUGAUGGUUCUAAUACCAACCGUGUGGAGAUCUCCAUGAUGCAAGGUUUCAACUUACGUCAAAACGCUUUUUACCCUGACAUGAUGCUGCCUUUGGUUGACCAUCCAUCUUACAAGAAGAACUCGCCAGUUAUUGAGAUGACCUGGAAGAUGCUUAGUCGUGUGGGAGGAAUCAGAAUUAUGAAAAACGCCAGAUUGAAAUGUCAGCUGGCCAGUGUUCAGCUUGACUUCGAUACUGCCCAGUUGCUUCUUGAUUAUCUCUUCCCUCUGGACCAGAAACAUGCUGAACAUGGCAAGCCUGGAACCAGCAAUGGUAAGGAAGAGCAAAACAGUGACGAAAGUACCAGAGAAGGAAGUGACGAUGUUAGUGAAGAUAAGGCUGAAUCAGAAGUGGAGCUGGAUGACGAGGAAAGCAGCAGCAGUGGUAAGUCGAGGUCUAUGAGCAGCUCGAUCAAUCCAUUCAGAAAGAUGAUUGCCAGAAGAACAGGAAAUGGAACUCCAACCAGCAGUACUCCAAGCUCGCCAAAGUCGCCAAAGUCGUCAAAGAGUCCAACCAGAAGCUCUAUGGAAGAUACGAGCAGUGUGGAUUCAUCAUCUCGCUUGUCUUCUUCCGACCUUCCUUCGCUUAACUCUGACACGAGAAGGGCACUUGGCAUGAAGAAGAAGACUGACCAGAAGGACGAAACUGCCGACGACCUUUCCAUUAUCAUGCAGCGUUCCUCCAAAUUCUUUGUCAUUGACGAGAUUGAGCUUGAACCUAUUAAGCUUCGGAUCAGUUUCAAAGCUCCUAAACAUCUUAACAUUAUUGACGUUCACAAGCUCUUGCUUUCCAUUCCAAAGUUGCAUUACGAGUAUAAGACUUGGUCUGGUGAGGACUUUGUUCUCCAGUUGAAGAAGGAAGUGAUCCGUAUUAUCUUGUCUCAUACUGGUAAGAUUAUCGGUAACAAGUUCAAGCAUAGGGACAGAAAGGUGAACAGACGUCCACUCAAGCAGAUCAGAGACUUCACGAAAUACGUUUCGAUUGAAGAAUUGCAAGAAGAGGAAGGUGAAAAUGGGUUAACUGAACAGCCAUCAAUCCGGAGCAAUUCGACUACAAGGCUAUCUGCAAUUAUGGCUUUUUUUGAGGCCCUCAAAGACAAGGCCGUCAACACGUUCAACCAGGUGCUCGACAGGGCCCCGGCAAACGGUCUUUCCAAAGAUGAGGCCUUUUGCAGAGAACAUAACCUUCCAGACGGAGAGGUGGUGCUUGAUGAGCUGGCGGUGGAGAUCAGUUGCAAGCCUGAAAACUCUAGGGAAGCUUAUAAUGUGCUGUAUCCACAGGGAAGGAUUUACUUGACCCAGCAUUACCUUGUGUUUCGGGAUGUGUUUGAUAGGAGGAACUGUUCGUUUGUUAUUCACCUUAGUACGGUGAAGAAGGUGGAAAGGCUUCCUACGAGUUCGUAUGGGUUUGCAUUGUCGCUUGCUACGCAUAGCAGGAUCAAUAUUAAGAUUUACUUGGUGGGGUUGCGUUCGGAAAGUGAACGGUUCUCGUCCCAGUUGAAGAUGUCCCUUAAGAAGAACUUGCCAAAUGUCAAGAAGCUUCCUCCGUUUAUCCAGACAUGCUACUCAGAGUACCUUUUGGCGAAGAAUAAGGUUAGUAAUGAAAAAGUGGAACAUAUGCCACCGGGCGGUUUGGGCGUGAAAUUCAAGUUUCCCGGUGACGCCAGAGCUAAUAGAGAUAAGACCAAGAUGAAGUUGUGGUUUGACUUGUUCCGCGUGGACGGCCGCAACUUGUCGCUUAUCAAGACGCCAAUGUUCUAUAAACUUGUCCGUGUGGGUCUCCCGAACAGACUUAGAGGCGAGAUCUGGGAAUUGUGCUGUGGUUCUAUUUACCUUAGGCUUGAACAUACCGAUGAGUAUGAGAAGCUUCUUAAAGAUAACGAGGGGAAGAAAUCUGUUGCAAUUGAGGAGAUUCAAAAGGAUUUGAACCGUUCGUUGCCUGAGUACGCUGCGUACCAGGAUAAGGAAGGUAUUGACAGGUUGCGUAGAGUGCUUACCGCUUACUCAUGGAAGAACCCGGAUAUUGGCUACUGCCAGGCCAUGAACAUCGUGGUGGCGGCUUUGCUUAUCUAUAUGUCUGAAGAGCAAGCUUUCUGGUGUCUCAAUGUUUUGAUCGACCGUGUUGUGCCAGGUUACUACUCGAGAACCAUGUAUGGUACAUUGCUUGACCAGAGAGUGUUUGAAUCGCUUGUGGAGAACUCUAUGCCUGUUCUCUGGAACCAUAUUUCCAAGUACGAUAUCCAGCUUUCUGUCAUCUCCCUUCCAUGGUUCCUUUCAUUGUACUUGACAUCCAUGCCGUUGGUAUUUGCAUUCCGUAUCCUUGACGUGUUCUUCCUUCAAGGCCCCAAGACGCUCUUUCAGGUUGCAUUGGCUAUUCUUAAGCUCAAUGGCGAGGAACUCUUGAAAGCAGAAGAUGACGGUACCUUCGUUUCCAUCCUCAAAGAGUACUUCCUAACCUUGGACCAGUCUGCUCAUCCUACCUCCACAAACCCAAAGUUUAAUCAGGUCACAAAGUUCCAAGAAUUGAUGGUCACCGCUUUCAAGGAGUUUUCUGUCAUUAAUGAAGAGGUUAUUGAAAGACACAGAGCCAAGCAUAGAAACACCAUCUUCCUGAGCAUCACCACAUUCGUCAAGAGAACAGAGUUAAGAAACUUACCCAAGACAUCCAACUUGACUCAGUCAGACAUCUCGUUACUAUACGAUAGAUUCUAUUCAAUUGUUACCUCCACCAUCACUGUUGGUACAGGCUCCUCUGAAAUGCAUUUUGAUGCAUUCAAAAUAUUCAUGCAGCAAAUCUGUGACUGGGUAGAAUCAGAACCUACUGAAGACGCGGCCAAGCAGGAGGCAUUCUUGAAGAGGCUUUUCAUCAAGUGGGAUUCAAAAUGUGAAGGUUCACUCUCAUUGGCUGACUUAGUUGUUGGCUUGAACAAACUCUUAGAGCCCGAUUUGCUUACAUCCAUAUCAAACUUCUUCUCGCUCUACAGUGACGAAGACAAGGUUGACCGUGAGGGUAUCUUGACCAUUUCUGAAGAUUUGCUUUACAUUACAUCGCCAUGGAAGAAGGGUCUUCUCCUAGAUUCGCUCACAGAAACAGCGAUUGAGAAUGCCAUCGCUGACGAGCUCUACAAGAAACAAAAGGAGAUGGGUAAUCCAAACGGCGAAGCAUUUGAGUAUGCUCAACCGGUCGAAGAUGAAGAAUUGCUCAUUGAGGAACUCAAGAUUGAUACUACAAUCACGAGCAAUGCCGCCUUGAACCCCAAUACUCCUGUUUACCUUAACUUGCCUACAUUUAGAAUGGUGGUGUUAGCCGAUGAAACUUAUGAACUUUUCUUCAGCGAUACAUUCCGUGGUUCUUUCCAUAUUGACAAGCCUCUUGAUUCCAAGGCCAACACUAUGAGAAACUUGAGAGAUAUGUUCGAUGGUAUUCUUGCCGAUGGCCGUGAGGUUGCUAAGAAGGUGCGUCGUCGCAUGGAUUCUGCUGCCACUCCUCCUCAUCACAGUGACGCUUCAUCUCUUAAAUCUGGUAAAUCAUCGAAAGUCCAAGAGGAAGAAGAGGAGAGAGAUGAUGAUUUUGGUGUUAUUGAUAUUGACGAACACGACAAGAACCUCGUGCUUGGAGCCGAAGCUCAAGUUAUGGUUGGCUCAGUCAACAACACCAGAGAGGAAGAGGAUCGUAUUGCAUCGCUUAAGAAAGCUGAAGCGGCGGAGAAUCGUAAAAAGCAAAAUAAUGACGGAAAUCUCAUUGAAUUUGAGACAUGA